GUUCAUCAAUGCCCGAAGGCGUAUCCUGCAACCCAUGCUUGAUGCCAGCAACCCAGACCCUGCCCCCAAAGCCAAGAAGAUAAAAUCUCAACACCGGCCCACCCAAAGAUUCUGGCCCAACUCCAUUGCUGCUGGUGUGCUACAGCAACAGGGCGGAGGCCCAGGGACAAAUCCUGAUGGCUCUAUCAACUUGGACAAUCUGCAGUCCCUGUCUUCAGACAAUGCCACCAUGGCCAUGCAGCAAGCAAUGAUGGCAGCACAUGAAGAUUCAUUGGAUGGGACGGAGGAAGAAGACGAAGAUGAAAUGGAGGAAGAAGAAGAGGAGGAAGAGCUGGAGGAGGAGACUGAUGAGCUACAGACAACGAAUGUCAGUGACCUGGGCUUGGAACACAGUGACUCUUUGGAGUAGCCAAGGGGGCCAGUUGGCGCUGAUUCCCCCACUGGGGCAAGGGCACUGGGAGGGAGGAACAGGUGAGCAGCCCCAAGCAGGAAUUGUGGUCCUCACCUCCCUGAAUCAGCAGCCUGAGGAAUUGCAGACAAGUUCCCCUGCCCCUGCUCAGCCAGCAAGCUUCAAAAAGACCCCAGUCCCCC